AUGGAACCUAGAGACGACGGUUUGUCUCGAAGGCUGAAUGGGUUAUUGGAAAAACGAAAGUUUGAGGAAGAACGGCGAAAAUUGAUUAGUGAAUCUUUACGAAAUGGAUCCAGCGCAAACAAGAAGAUUGUGUUUAAAGAUUCCGACGAUGAUGUAGGUAGUAAUGCAUUGAUCUUACCUUAUUCAGGAUUAUGAGCCGCAGUCAAAAAAGCUCACUUUGUUCGAGAAAGAUGAUGAAGACCCACAACUUAAUAAGCAAAACCCUGCCGAUUUGCUUAAAAACCGAUUUACGGGUUACAAAAGUGAGAAGUUAACAGAAAUGGAGACCCGCUUUAACUAUGAUGAGCGAUUCAAAGUAGACGAACGGUUUUUGGAGGGUUCUGUUGAUGAGAUUGACAAAGAGGUAAGUUUGAGGGGUUUUAUUAUGUGUUCUCUUUGUAGACCGGGGAAAUGACAUCGCUAGCGGAGAAAAAGAGUCAGUUUGCUAUUCUGUCCUCUGUUCUUGGCCAUGAAGUUAGUAGCUUGUUAACAUCGAAGAAGAAGGUGAAGAAUAAUGUCGUCAGACCUUUCCAACGUUUUGAUCCGGAUAAUCCUAAUCACGUGGAAUGGAUGGAAACCCAGAAGCAACAUGUAAAAGUGCAAAAUAAGCCUUUGAUAGAUGCCGAACAGUUUAACCGGGUAUGUCUGGUGAAUUAGUUUGAUGGUGGUUUCAGGAAGUGGAUAAGGAAGUGACAAAAGUCGUGGAAGGACACUUUUACGAAAUGGAUCAAGACUUUGCAAAAGAGCUUCACAAGAAUCUCAGUACGUUUAGUUUGCUUACUUAUUGUUGUUAUAUUUUAGAUGAAAAGAAGUCUGGGGAAGCAUUCAGUUUUUUGUCGUUGAUAGGAAGGUCUUCAAAUGAGGAAGAAAAGCCCGAUGUUUCCAUUUUUGACAAAUUGUUGCAUGCCGAAAAGACAGAAGAAACUCCAAAGAUCGAAAAAGUAAUUUGGCAUUUUUUUCAACAUUUUGAUUUAGAUAACCCCUCUAAAUGACAACGUAAACGCAUCUGAUAUAAUAGAGAAACCCUUCUUCUUUAUUUAUCCGUUUGACGAAGGGUCCAAGAAAGUUUUGAAUACGUUUCGAAGACAGCAGGAUAUGGCAAAAGUGAAACAAGCAUGGCAAACACAUCGUGAUAAAACUGAAGUGGUAUGUUUACCUAUGUGAAUAAAUUACUAACGUCUUGUUUUAGUUUUAUAAAUCCUUGGUAAAAACCAAUUGGCGGUUGAAGGAAAAGGAGAAGAAGCAGCACUUGAGAAAUAAACAUGCAAAAUCUUCUCAGAAGGUAGCUGGAAAGGGAGAUUCAUAG